UUCAUCACUACACUUAUUUUAUUUGAAGUAAUGGCUUAAAACAAUGAUGGAGAAGGCUCUGAUUUAUGACGGAUGGAUUGUGGAUUUUACCGAUCCUCAGACGGGAUCUGCACAGCUGUAGUGAGACGGUGAGUGUGGAUUAGCUCAGAUAGUCUAAUACAGGUUUUUGGCGCCAUGCCUUAUCACGAUGAGGAGUACCCGGGUCAGCCCCUGUGGCAGUCGGUGCUGCUGUUCUGCUGCAAAGGUGUCAUAGAGGGUGUCAUGGUCAUCCUCUUCUUCUGGCUGCUGGUGCAGGUUCUCUUCACCAAACAUCUGGAAGUUCACCUCCAAAUCCUUCUCUUGGUGGGACUGGUGACCUUCUGUCUGUGCUUGCUGCUGGGCUGUAUUCUGUGCUGGAAGAAAAGCCACAUUUGUUCCUCACCUGAAGACAAGGAAGUGGCGAUGUCACCGACAGCCCCAACUCAACCCAAGACCCAGAACCCGCGCCGCUCUCUUGACACCAUUGCCUCCAGCUAUGAGGAGCUAGAUGGAGAUAUAAUGGAGUAUCCGUCCACCUUCACCAGCCCAGCUCCUUCUCAGAAGAGGUUUUCGCCUUUGCCAUACUCUUACCCAUCUCGACCCGGUUCUGAGCGAAGGGAGCAGCCAAAGUCCUUCUUCUCUUUGCGCCGCAUCAGCACUCAGCAGCUGACGUCGCCUCUUUACAAGCCCAUCGAUUCUGGCCACAGUUCCCUGCAUUCUUUCCCCAAACUAGCUCUGCUGUCCAAAACAUGUAAGGCACUUCAAAGACGCUGCACAGUAUCAGGAGACAUUUUAUCUGUGAAUGAGCACAGCAGGCUCACCAACGCCGGCGCCGUCUCCACAUCAAUGCUUGAAGAACCAAUCCCCCUGGUGUCACUGAACUAUGGCACUGGUGCCGGCUGCCAACAACCAACAUCACAACCGCCCUGCCUCGAUUUCACCAUGGCCUUCUCCUCUGAGCGGCAGACGCUGUCUGUCACUGUCCUCGGCCUCACUGGCGUGUUCCUCAAGCUAGAAGACGUGUCUUUACUGGGCAGCCUGCCCCCGCUGCACUGCAGUCCCGUACAAGCGGCUUUCCAGAACACGCUCAGCUGCGUUAUGGUUUUCAAGGUGACCUCCGUGAAGGAGCUCCAGCGAUGCACUCUGAGGAUAGCUGUGCAUGUAGAAGAAUCCCUGAGCAGAAGAGGAAGUGAAGUCGGAGUGGUGGAGGCUGAAUGUGGAGAAAGAGACUGGCAUGAAUGUCAGGUGAUUCACCUGAAGAAAGAGCUCUGCUCCAGGGACCAGAAGCAACAGAAGACCUGCAUAUUCCGGGACACUCUGACGCAUAAGGGGCUUAGCUAUCCUCCGCAGAUCUUCAUUCUGCUGCACUAUCACUCGCCGACUCACCAACUCAAAGCCUCCGUCCUCAGGGCUGAUAACAUUGAAAACCUCAAUUCCACAUCAGGAUCUGAGCACAGAAGAAAAGCAACUCCCAUUUUUAAUAACAUUUUAAUCCUUCAGUAUUCACAAUCCUCAGGAAAGGCUUCAAUCUCCUCUGGACCACGGAUCUGACUGGUGUAAUCUUUUGCAUUAGCCUGUCUGGGUAUUAGUUCCAUCGCAGACCAACAGGGACAUCCUGUGUACAAAGCCAUUCAUUUUUAUGAUCUCUAUUUCAUAUUGAGGAUUUCCUUUAUAGCAGACAUCAGAUAUAAUCCCUCAUGUUUUAUGUGGCAUAUCUCAGAUUAAGAAGCGAUGGAUAUUUUGACAACACAGCUGGAAUGAAUACUGGAGUAGAGACCAAAACAAGUAUUUAAUGCAGAUGAGCAUUUACAGAUUCAAUAUUUUCUGAAUCUUAAAUCUGUAAAGGUUUCAGGAAAGGCUGUUCAGGAUUACCAGAGGCUUCCAUCUUUUCCUUCCAUUGUACUUUUUUAGCGCAGACCUCGGCCAAAAUGUACACCUUUAACAACCUCCAACUGAAAUUAAAACAAAUCCUUUAAGGCUCGUGUUUUGAGACUUGCUGUCAGCUGAGAGCAAACCAUGGUUUUACUUGACUGCUCACACUGCCCCUACGUGUGGCCCAAAUUUAGUUUGACCCUCUAGGACACAAUCCGCUUUUAGCUUUGAAAUUUGUCUUCAAAAUCUCAAAAUGCCAUGACGUGCCGUUGAGAGUGUUGUUGCCGUGUUGCUCUGAGAUGUCGUGCGACAUCAUCUGAUAGCAUUUGACAUCUUUGACUGCAAAUCCAACCAACAAUGAAGCGUUGUUGAGCUUCCUAACACCGAACAAGAGGCAGAAGCUCAGGUCCACUAAACUGAACGCGAGCAAAUUAUUCAAUUUCUUUCUUCUGCUACUUACUGUAGAGGUGCGACCCGAGGGCCACAGGCAGCCCUUUUUCAAACGUCACCCUAAUUGUGAAUAUAAAUAUAACUAUCGAUUUUAUUCUUUGCCUUUCUUUUCCUUUUUUGUAUUCUUUUUGGAUUCAAAUCUUUUUAAUGAGUAAUGUCCUUUUAUCAUUAAUUCUUGUCUCUUAAAAUAAAGUAAAGCUAUAUGGAAACAAUACACCUUAUAAUUAAGUGCCUUUAUAACACGUUUUACUCACAGUUCAAGUCACCAUAUGCACCACUUUUGAGGGUUUUUAAAUGUUUAUGAAUCUUUAAACAAAAUUAUUUUUU